GGCUUCCCACUUUGCUCAGUCCCUAACUUCAGGCUGGACAGAAAUUAUCUGUCCUCUUCAAAUCAGAAAAAGGAGAACCUACACGUACAUGUCCAACAAUCAAGAACACGAGGAUCUCAGUGAGGAGGACAUUGACGAGGAUGAAAUCCUGGCAAUGCUUUCACCUGAGGAGCUGAAGGAGCUCCAGAGUGAGAUGGACAUUAUUAUUGCCCCAGAUGAGAGCGUACCCGUAGGCCAGAGACAGAAAGACCAGACGGAGAAAACUCCUACAGGAUCCUUUGACCACAGAUCCCUCGUUGAUUAUCUCUACUGGGAGAAAGAGUCCAAACGUAUGCUCGAGGAAGAAAGGAUACCUGCCACUCUGUUGCCCAGUGAGAAAAUCUUACAGGAGGAAGCUGAAAAGAAAGAUUUAGAUGGCGAUUCAGAAGAGGCAGAACAUGAAGUGAUAGAAGAGGUUAUUGAUGAAGAGGCAGCUGACGGUACAGACGGGGAAGAAAUUGUAGAAGCGCCAAUUGAAGAAACAGUCGAAAAAGAUGACGUGAAAGUUGUAACCAACAAAGAGAUUGAUGCACAAACAGAGAAAGCAGUACCUGUAACCCCCCCACCUGAGGAUAGAGAUGAACAUGCAGAGCCCCCAAACACAGAAACAGCAGCAGGAAAUAAAACAGCCAGUGAACCUAAUAUUUUAGAUUUAAAGGAAACAACAAACAAAGAAGAAAAGGAGGAAAUUACGAAUAAAGACAUUUUGCAUGUUGAAAACAUUUCCAAAGUAUCAGAUGCAAAUGAAGCAGAUAAUAAUUUCCCAAAGAGAGAACAAAUUAAAGUGAACAAAUUAAAAAUCCCCAAGUUGGCUCUGAACAAUAUAAAAAUGACAUCCAGACCUUCAGGGAAUGAGACAAACUUAGAGUCAACACUGGACAAGAUUCGUAACAACAACCCAUCUGUGACGGAGGUAAACCUCAACAACAUAGAGAACAUUCCCAAAGAGAUGCUCCUGGAUUACGUCAACGCCCUGAAGAAGAACAAACACGUGAAAACGUUCAGUAUCGCAAAUACUGGUGUUGAUGAAAACAUUGCGUUCAGUCUGGCCAACAUGUUGAGGGAGAACCGCAGCAUUACAACGUUGAACAUCGAGUCCAACUUCAUAACUGGAAAAGGCAUUGUGGCCAUCAUUCGCUGUCUGCAGUUCAAUGAGACCCUCACAGAGCUCCGUUUCCACAACCAGAGACACAUGCUGGGCCAUCAUGCAGAGAUGGAGAUCUCUCGGCUGCUCAAGGCCAACAACACCCUGCUGAAGAUGGGCUACCACUUUGAACAGGCAGGGCCCAGGAUGGUGGUGACCAACAUCUUAACCAGGAAUCUGGACCGCCAGAGGCAGCUGAGGAAAGAGGAGCAGCGGCAGCAGCAGCUAAAGGAGAAGAUGGAGCUGAUGCAGAGCUAUGAGAAAAGUUUCAAUCUGCCCCCGGGUUUACUCGAGAUGUUGGGGUACGUACCGCCAUCGGAACUCUUCCAAGAGCAGGGACUCGUCCCGUCUUCAUCAGAGAUGAACGGUGUUCCUCAAACACAACACAAGAGAGAGAAGCCAGAGCAACAGAAGCAUCUCAAACAAAACAGCAUUCCCAAAGAGCCCAGGGCUGAAUCAUCAAACCCACUACAGGACAUCCAACUGAAGAGGACGCCCAAGAAACGUAAUCCAUUAUUGGAACUUGACCCAAGGGAUGACAGGAGACCUGAGAGGCCAAGCUUUCAACUGAGAAAGACACCUAAAGUAAAGGAUGCGGGAGCUAGGGAGACGUCUGAAGAAAAAGCAAACCUUACUGAUGUGAUAAAGACUUUGAAACCUGUUCCUCGCAGACGAGUACCACCGAAGGUCGAUCUCACACCUCGUGAUCAGCUCUUAAGCGAGAUCAAAAAGAGCAACGUGGCCUAUCUCAAAUCAGUGCCACUCCCAAAAGUCCUGGAAUCAAGUGAAACAAGUCUCCUCUGACUCAACUUUAACUGUUUUCUCACCCUAGUGUUUUUAUUUUUUACUGAUCCAAGGUGUUGGCUGUUCUUCAUACAGUAAUUAUUAGAAAUGAACACAGGAAUAAAAAAAAGCUGACUUUUGUUGCACUCCCAUGCCAUUUUACUGUUUGCUUUGGACUUCAAAAAGUCAUGUUAAUAAAAAUGGGCAGCACGGUGGCACAGCUGGUAGAGCUGCUGCCUCCCAGUGAGCAGGUUGUCCCGGUUCAAGUCCCGGCCGGGGGCCUUUCUGGGUGGAGUUUGCAUGUUCUCUCCGUGCAUGUUAGG